CGCAAUUAAGAGUGGCUGGAGAGCGUCCAAGUUAUCUUCACCCAGCUCAGGCUAUCCUUUUCCGACUACGCAAAAAUCGCAGCAGAUAUAGACGAUGACUACCGGAAAUAUUCUCCAUACAGCGGUCAUACUAUUGACUGCCCCAUCUCUGAAUUCCCUCUCGAGAUUGAAGAAACAGAGGGCAAGCAGGACAUUCUCGGAAAAAAAGGGAGGGGUCGUGAAAUUUUUUUCUCAACUAACAAGUUUUUCACUUGUCCGGAGGAAUGGCGUGGAACUUGCAAAAGCGUUACGAUGGGCGCUCUUCGAGAAAGAAAAGUUAGAGAAUACUCUGAAAACUUUCGUGAAAUGGAACCAGAAGCUCAAAGACUUGGUUCCUCAUCUGCUGGACAGUGGCCAGUACCUGAAAAACCCUGAACGUGUCUCGAGACUUAUGGAAGACGAUGAUGAUGUCAAUAUCUUCGCACCUCAUCUCCGGCUGAUGCAAAUUGCUCAGAAUCCAGAAGAAGAAACCACGACAGAUGAAAAGCUUCUCUUGACCUAUGACUCGCCGAAUGCUGAUGCGAAAAGCCCAAGAGUACUGAUAGAGUACAAACCUUACGUCUCACUAGGUGAAAAUGAAGGGGAGAGCUCGGGGCUUAUCGUUACUGGUUCCAAGGCUGGUCUAUGCCCACGCCAGCUGGCGAACUUGCUAGAGACAGCCGGCUCGAAUAACUUUCGCACACUGCCCUUCAAGGGCUACCUCAAAGAACAAGCGAAGUCGCGCUACAUCUUCUUUUUCGACUUUCCGCCCUUGGCGGGAGAUCAAAUGCCACAGAGUCUUCAUGAUCUACUUAUGACCAGAGGAUCCAAGGAGAAACUUUCCCUCGAACUUCGCUUCCAUGUCGCUCAUACGAUUUCGCAAUCCAUCGGUGCAUUCCAUGCCGAUGGAUGGGUGCACAAGAGUAUCCGAAGCCAUGCAGUGAAAUUCUUCUUCGAUAAAGAAGGCAGUUGCGACCUGAGAAACCCGUUUCUUACCGACUUUGAGUUCUCACGGCCAGUGACAGGAGAGACUAGACUCAUCGGACAAGCUCCCGACCCGGAGAGAGACGUUUACCGACAUCCAGAGAGGACUGGCCCUCCGACAACCAGUUUUAAGAAAGUUCACGAUAUCUAUUCGCUUGGGAUUGUGCUCCUGGAAAUUGGCCUGUGGGAACCAGCAAGAGGUAUGUAUGAUGAGAUUUGUGGGGAAUUACGCAAAAGGGACUCGCAGCGGAAGACCCCUUCAGCGAGUAUGAUUCGGAAGAAUCUAUUGAGCGAUGCGAGUCGAAGGCUGGGACACCGCAUGGGCUCGGCAUACAAAGAGGCUGUGGUAGCAUGCCUCUCGGACGAGUUGGGUGAUUAUUCGGAAAACGAUGAUUUUGCUAUGACGUUUCAAAAGCUGGUGGUGCAGAAAUUGGAUAUAAGAAAGAUGUUCGAGUUAGCCAAUUGA